AUGAGGUUAUGUUCAUGUUCAUUGCCCCAACCAAACCCAAAAUCAAAAACCAAGUGUAAUCAAAUGGAAGUAAAACAAGAAAUUAGCGAAGAGACGUUUAAAAUAGAAACAGAGUAUAAUGAGUUGGAUGGUGAUCUUUUUAAUGGCUUUAAAUGUGAAAUUCAGGAGGCAUCCAAUAGGCAAAGUACACAGGACAAAUAUUAUUUAGACCUAGCCCCGUAUUUAUAG